UAGUUCAUUCAGUACAGCAGUAACCGUGGUCGGGGAAGGUCGCGUUUUGUGCUCCCAUUUAUAACCAUAAAACGUGGUUUACUGAAUUAAAAUGUGUUAUCUAUAAGUUUAUAGUUAUUUUUUUGUUGUUUUAAGUUAAAGUUUGAUGUGAUAAAGCUGUGGUAGUUAGUUUAACUUUGCAGUCAUAUGUUCGUUUAUAAGUGCAGUUAAGUUGUUUGGUUUGGGCCGCGUGUUGUAUAUGAAUAGUUCUUCCCACCGUCUCAUCACAUUUCUAGCAACGGAGAAAAAAGUAAAGAAGUAUCCUGAUAUACAAAAGAAGAGAAGAGUGAUGUCAAGUUAGUAAGAGAAAAGCAGAGAAAUAAAACUUGAAGUACAAUGACAGAUAAGAAUAAAUAUAUUAAGGAUGGGGACGCUGAGAGUGCUGAGAAACUUAAUCCAGUUAGCGAACACAGUUUUGAAGAUGCCUUUGAACAAACAGGCCAUGGGAAACUCAACCACCUAGUACUGUUCACCAGCGGGCUGAUAAUGCUAAACGUCUCCAUGGAGUCUGUCGGCAUGAGCUACGCCAUCACAGCCGCUGAGUGUGAACUGAAGCUCACCAGCAAGGAUAAGGGGCUUGUUAAUGCUGCUGCUUUUAUUGGUAUAAUCAGCACCUCAUUCCUAUGGGGCUACUUGGGAGACAGGAUCGGCCGCCGUGCAGUGAUGCUGCCAGCCAUCCUCCUGUCUGCAGUCUUCUCCAUCAUUUCUUCAUUCUCCACCAACGUGUGGAUGCUGCUAGUCUUCAGAUUCCUUACUGGAUGCUUAAUAUCAGCGUCCAGUGCAACAGUGUAUGCGUAUUUAGGAGAAAUGCAUGCGAACUCCAAGCGUGCGGCAGCCAUUGCGUGGAGUUCGGCUUUCAUAUCCUUCUCUUUUAUUAUAUUACCAGGUCUCGCCUGGCUAAUAAUCCCCGGCAAAUGGUCCUUCACGUUUGCCUACAUGACCAUCGUACCCUGGAGAGCAUUCGUGUGGCUCUGGUGUGCCCCUGGGCUGGUGGCUGCAGCUAUCCUGCUGUUCUUGCCAGAAAGCCCUCGGUAUCUGCUGGCGGCGAAGGGUCCUGAUGCAGCUUUGCCGGUUCUGGCAAUGAUGUACGCGUGGAAUAGUGGUACCAGUGCUGAUAAUUUUGCUGUAACGAAACUAAUAACAGGCAGUGAAGAGAUCAAAACAGGUGGUUUUGCCGGCGCAGUCAAGAAUGUGGGGCUGAUGUUCAGAGUACCACUCCUGCGCUGUGUCUUCAUAUCGCAUAUAUCCAUGUUCGCUGUGUUUAUGGUGUCGAGUGGUUUGUACGUUUGGGUACCAGAUAUACUGAACAGUAUUUUAGGAAGUAACGCAAAUAGGAGCAUUACAAUAUGUCAAAUUAUUCGUGAUAAAUUCAUUAAUGCAAGCCUGUCUUCAGAGCUGGCAGCGUGUCAGUCGGAAGUGUCAGUGGCGGUGUUCCCCAUAUCCAUGUCCAUGGGUGCAGUGUUUGCGCUCACGUAUUUAGCCAUAGGGUUCCUCAUCAACAAAGUGGGACGGAAAACGUUAUACUGUGGUAUAAUGUUUAUCUGUGGAAUAGCAACAGUUGGAGCUGCCUUCGUACCCGAAGGUAUAGCAGCGACGGUGCUGCUCAUCAUAUCUCUGUGCUCCGGUUGUGCUGCCUCCAUUCUCGCGGCCAUUGCUGUUGAUGUGUUCCCUACACAACUUAGGGCCAUGGCAAUGUGUGUGAUGUACAUGGUGGGUCGUACUGGUGCGGCGGUGGGCUCCAACUUCCUCGGAGCCACGCUGGAUCUGCACUGCCAUGAAGCCUUCACCGUCUUCGGGGUUUUUACUGCUGGUUCAACCAUAUUGAUGGUGUUCUGGCCAAACCCACAAAGCGUUCGGGAUGAAAUGGAAGCAAAAGGCUUCACCUACUAAUUCUAUGUUGUCAUAGAAUAACUUCCAAAAAGAGACUGAUAGAAGACAGUUUAUGCAUUUGUAAUAUUAUGAGGCAUUUAGAUUAUUAUUUUAUUUAAUAAAUGAAUUUAGAAAAUCACGGUA